CCACAGAGGAGGGGCCACUCACUCCUGCCAACGUCGGGAGAAAAUGUCUGGAAUUCCGUUUCCGCUUUAGGGAGUGGAAUCACUUUUUUCCUUCACCGUUUUACUAGACUUUUAAAACCAAACUUUAAUUCCCACAUCAACUCGGACCGUUUGUUUUUUUGUGUGUGUGUGUGUGUGUCUUUGUGUCAACUGGAUUAAAUUCUCCUCUCGACGAUGGCCUCCUCGCCUCAGAAGUCUCCGUCCUCCCCGAAAUCUCCGACGCCCAAAUCUCCGUCGUCCCGAAAGAAAGAUGACUCUUUCCUGGGGAAACUUGGUGGAACUUUGGCCAGACGGAAAAAGGCUAAAGAAGUGUCUGAGCUUCAGGAGGAGGGGAUAAACGCCAUCAACCUUCCUCUCAGCCCUUCACACUAUGAGCUGGACCCUGAGGACACCAUGCUAGAGGAGAACGAGGUGCGCACCAUGGUGGACCCCAACUCCAAGAGUGACCGCAAACUGCAGGAGCUCAUGAGGGUGCUGAUCGAUUGGAUAAAUGACGUCCUGGUCGGGGAGAGGAUCAUUGUGAAGGAUCUGGCUGAAGAUCUGUAUGAUGGACAAGUUCUGCAGAAACUAUUCGAAAAGCUGGAGGGUGAGAAACUGAACGUGGCAGAGGUGACCCAGUCGGAGAUUGCCCAGAAACAGAAGCUGCAGACUGUUCUCGAACGCAUCAAUGACUCCCUCAAGCUCUCCACCAGGAACAUUCGCUGGAAUGUUGACUCGGUUCACGCUAAGAGUAUAGUCGCCAUCCUGCACCUGCUGGUGGCGCUGUCGCAGCACUUCAGAGCACCAAUCAGAUUGCCCGACCACGUUUCCAUUCAAGUGGUGGUCGUCCAGAAAAAAGAGGGCAUCCUUCAUUCCAGACAGAUUCAAGAGGAAAUCACCGGCAACACAGAGGCUUUCUCUGGCAGACAUGAGCGCGAUGCUUUUGACACACUGUUUGACCACGCUCCAGAUAAGCUGAAUGUCGUCAAGAAGACAUUGAUCACAUUUGUGAACAAACACCUGAACAAGCUCAACCUAGAGGUGUCUGAACUGGACACACAGUUUGCAGAUGGUGUUUAUCUGGUGCUGCUGAUGGGGCUGUUGGAGGGAUACUUUGUGCCACUCUACAACUUCUUUCUCACACCGGAGAAUUUUGACCAGAAGGUCCACAAUGUGUCGUUCUCCUUUGAACUGAUGCAGGACGGAGGUCUGGAGAGACCAAAGCCCCGACCUGAGGACAUUGUGAACUGCGACCUUAAGUCGACACUGCGCGUCCUCUACAACCUCUUCUCCAGGUACAGGAAUGUCGACUGAGCGACCAGAGGGAAACACUUUAUAACAAGGACCACCGACUAAAGCUUAACAGUAUAUUUUUCCUUCUGUGUUUUUGUAGAAGAAUAUUUUUAACUAAAUGCAUGCAUCACGUUUUGCCUGCUGGUAAAUCACACAGAGACACAUUUGUAUUUUAUCUCGUAUCGCUGCAAACUUUUUUUUUUUUUAUCAUUGUAAACUUGGCAAAAAGUUAAUUAUGAACUAAAAUAAUUAUUGGUAUGAUGAUUUUUAUUCUGACUAGCGGAAGACUUUUGAACAACGCUUGUAUCUUUCUGAUUCAGAAGAAAAACUGUAUUUAUUGUAGAUUUUUGAUACACUUGCUCUUACUUCGUUUUUUCCAGCUGUUUUAUUUUUCAUACUUCUCUUGUUUUUCCCUUUCGUAAAGUGCCUUUAUUUAAACCUUUGAACACUGUCAUCUCCCAAUAUUUGAUACCGAUGCCCAGUUCAGAACCAAUAUGAACGUUGAGUCCUGAGUGAUCUGAUCACAAGAAGCCGGAUUUAAGUUCGUUUGUUCACACCUGACAGUAAAAUGUGUUUCCACUUGAGAUCUGGUCACAGUUUCCUGCUCUCUGCGCAUAUAAAGACAUCAUAUGGGUCUCAGAAUUGUGGACAGCAGCUGCUGUAUGAAACCAGUGGAUUGUUAUCUACUGUUAGGUAUCUAAACAGUGUGGGGGCGCUAUACAAUUUGUAGAACAUUUUACACACUUUAUGUGGCUGUUUAUUUAUUCAUCUCCGCUUCAGAGACUCGUGCUGGGUUUUAAAAAGUAAAUUUUCCAAUUUAAGUCAAUCUGAACAUCAAGUCCACAUGUGAGGUAGAUCCAAAACAUGACAGGAGCCACAACCCCGAAACCCCCCAAAAUACCACCAGGCCUAAAAGAUGACUGUAUUUUUAAAAAUUGGACGGUAGAGAAGAGCAAAAGCAAAGCCAUGCACAAGAUGCAAAACUAGAGAUAAAAUAUUGUUGAAAUUGUCACAGUUCUAUGGAACCAAACCAUUAGUUUUAGUUUUUUAACCAACCAAUUUUAUGAAAGAAUUCCACAUAUGCUUCUCAUAUUCAGCUUGUUUGAAUCUAUUUUGAUUUAUAUCAACAAAAAAAACAAAGCAGUUGUGUUUUGUUUCUUUCUGAAUGAAUGAGGAAGAACUUAUUUGGUCACAGGUUUACCUUCCCCAAAUGUGGUCUCGGUGAUCGGAUCUCGAAAGAGUGCGUUCACACCCGUACCUAAAGCGGUUCACUUGUGAUCAGAUCGCUGUGGACUUCUUAACUCCAGGUCUGAACGGGGCCUGGGAUGCACGUGUCGUCUUAACGCUCCAGAUUUCGUUUCCACGCGCGAAGGAACACUCCUGACCAAAGCUCUGUUGCAUUCACGCUGUUGAACAUAUAGAGGUUUUACGUAAAUGCAAAUGUAUUUUUAUUAAACAUGUUACAUUUCACAUCUUUCUGCAAUUAAAAACAUUUGACUGAAUAAAUU